AUGGCGCGAGGCGGCGGUUGCUUGGGGCAACCCCGGCUGCUGCUGCUGCUGGGCGGCCUCCUGUGCCUGCAUGGCGGGGCUCCGCUGGCCGCCGCCCCGCAGGGCCGCGCUGGGCGGGGGCAGCCGCCCACCCCGUGCCAGGCGCCGCUGCAGUGGGAAGGGCGCACGGUGGCCUACGACCACAGCAGCGGCAGGAACACCAGGGCGGUGGUGUCUUACGACGGCCCCAACCAGCGCCUCCGGCUCCUGGAGGAGAGAAAGGGGCUCAUCCCCUGCAAGAAAUUCUUUGAAUAUAUAUUUCUCUAUAAAGAUGCAGUGAUGUUUCAGAUUGAACAAGUCACAAAGCUGUGCUCAAAGAUUGCUUUGACUGAGCCUUGGGAUCCUUAUGAUAUUCCUGACAACUCCACUUAUGAAGAUCAGUACUACAUCGGGGGGCCUGGAGAUGAAAUUAUGGUACAGGAAUGGUCUGAUAGAAAACCAGCCAGGAAAUUUGAGUCCUGGGUUGGCGUUUACACAGUCAAGGAUUGUUACCCAGUGCAGGAAACCUACACCAAGAACUACAGCGUGACAACCUCCACCCGCUUUUUUGAUCUACAGCUGGGUAUCACUGACCCCUCUGUGUUUACCCCACCCAGCACCUGUCAGGAAGCCCAGCCAAUAAAGAUGAAAGAUGAAUGCUGA